AUGCCUGCCACUUGUGAACUUUGCGGAAGCUGGCUCCCCGAUCAUCAGGCUUCUUGUCCCAGAAAUGGUGUGCACCCGUCUCAGUGGACUUGCCUUGCUGAUCCCUUGUACCAAGCUGUCAACAUCGAUAAUGCUAUCAUCAUGACCCACGAUGACGAGGAUGAUUAUGACACCAUCUGUGGCCCGUCAACGAUAACACAACGCCUUCAUCACCAGGAUACACUACGCUUUCGGUUGCCUCCCACCGAUCACUAUUGA